AUGCCAAAUAUCAAAAUCUUCAGUGGCAGCUCCAAUCAGGACUUAUCUCAGAAAACUGCUGACUGCCUGGGCCUGGAGCUAGGCAAAGUGGUGACUAAGAAAUUCGGCAACCAGGAGACCUGCGUGGAAAUUGGCAAAAAUGUACAUGGAGAGGAUGUCUACAUUGUUCAGAGUGGUUGUGGCAAAAUCAAUGACAACUUAAUGGAGCUUUUGAUCAUGAUUACUACUUGCAUUGUUUCAGCCAGCUGUGUUACUCCAGUCAUCGCAUGCUUCCCUUCUGCCUGGCAGGAUAAAAGGAGUAAGAGCCGGGCUCCAAUCUCAGACAAGCUUGUUGCAAAUAUGCCAACUAUGAAGGGUGCAAAUCAUGUUAUCACCAUGAACCUACGUAUUUCUCAAACUCACAUCUUUUUUGAUAUCCCAGUGGACACUGUGUAUGCAGAGCCAGUAGUCCUGAAGUGGAUAAGGGAGAAUAUUUUUGAGUGGAGGAACUACACUAUUGCCUCACAUGAUGCUGCUAGAGCUAACAGUGUGACCUCCAUUGCAGAGCAGUUGAUUGUGGACUUUGCCUCAGAGAACUCAAAAUGGUGA